UGACAGCUCCGUUAACGCCAUGGCAGAAGUCGCUCCCGCAGCAGCACCAGCCCCCGCCGCCGAGGCCGCCCCGGCCAAAGCCCCCGCUAAGAAGAAGAAGGCGGCGGCAUCGGCCAAGGCCACCAAGAAGUCCGGCCCGUCCGCCAGCGAGCUCAUCGUGAAAGCCGUGAAGGAGUCCAAGGAGCGGAAAGGGCUUUCUCUGGCCGCCAUCAAGAAGGACCUCGUCGCUCGCGGCUACGACGUGGAGCACAACUCCGCUCACGUCAGGCGUGCCCUGAAGAGUCUGGUCCAGAAAGGCGCGCUGGUCCACACCACCGGAACCGGGGCGUCCGGAUCCUUCAAGGCCGCCAAGCCUGCUGAGAAGCCCAAAAAGGCAGUCAAGAAGCCCGCGGCGAAAGCCAAGAAGCCGGCGGCAAAGAAAGCACCGGCAGCGAAGAAGCCAGCCACCGCCAAGAAGCCCAAAGCAGCUAAAACCACCCCGAAGAAGGCCAAGAAGCCCGCAGCGGCAGCAGCAAAGAAAGCUGUGGCCAAGAAGGCAAAGAGCCCCAAGGUGAAGAAGGCUGCUGCACCCAAGAAGGCAGCAACACCCAAAAAGCCUGCAAAGAAGGCUGCUAAGCCCAAAGCCGCAAAGGCCAAGAAGGCUGCCCCCAAGAAGAAGUAAGUCCACCUCUGCUUCACCGCAACCAAAGGCUCUUUUCAGAGCCACCAUCUGUUCCUCUGAGGGGAGAUCUUCCUGCUGAUCACCGGCCUCCCCAUGCUCCGUGUCGGCUUUAUCACAGACUGUACGGGGGGUGCACACUGCUACCCCGCCACCCCCACACCCCGGACUGUAAAUAUCCACGUUUUAUUUUAAAGGCUUGUAAAUAUGCUCUCUGCUGUGACCAUCUUAACAUGUUUGUGUUGAUGAAUAAAACUAUUUUUACAUCA